AUGGUGUCAGAAGGCCACCCCUCCGUAUCAGAGCCCGUUGUUAUUAUUGGUGCUGGUGUGUUUGGCCUCUCAACUGCAUUGGAGCUUACCACGCGAGGGUACGCCAACGUCACUGUUCUGGAUCGCUACCUGCCCCCAGCGGUAGAUGGGAGUAGCGUUGACAUUUCCCGGAUUAUCAGAUUCGACUAUGGAGACCCUUUCUACAGCAAGUUGGCCAGAGAGGCUGUCCAACUAUGGGCCACUGAGUACCCCGACCACUACCACCAAGUCGGAUUCCUUAUGCUUAAUGAGAAGGGCGGAUUUGCGUAUACGGCCAAGUCAAAGCAGGUUGAUGAGCAGUUGGGUAAAACAAUCGAGGAGUAUGCCGAUGCCACUCAAAUGCGCUCGAUACGGCCUGGCAUACCCGGCAAGUUGGAAGGAAUGAGCGCUUAUUACAAUCCGAAGGGAGGAUGGGCAGAUGCAGCAUCAAGUAUUGCGCAGUUGGCCGCUCGCUGCAGCCUGGCGGGGGUUUCAUUCGUUACCGGCGGAAGGGGCACCGCCGUGUCUCUGCUUUAUCAGGAUUCCAAAGUUGUUGGGGUCAAAGUUCUGCGAGGCUCUCCAAUUCGUGCAUCUCUGGUCAUUCUGGCUACAGGAGCAUGGACAAACCAUCUGUUGCAAGUCGGACAUGCUAGCUCAGCAUCGGCGCAGCCAGUCGGAUUUAUCCAGUUGACAGAAGAAGAAGCCGCGGGCUUGAGGAACAUGCCCGUCAUGAUCAAUUCUAACAAGGGAGUGUUCGUUUUCCCGCCAACUCCCAGGUCAAACAUCCUCAAGGUGGCUCGUCAUGGCUGGGGAUUUACUACCGAGGUAAGGGUUGACGAUGGACAUUCGCCUGCCAGAGUCAUUUCGUGCCCACAGCGCGACAGCAACAACGCACGCAAUUCCUAUAUGCCAGAAGACGCUCAAGAAGGCCUUCGGGAUGGAUUGAGAGACCUCGUUCCAGAAUUUGCUGAGCGGCCAUGGUCCCGGCUGCGCCUCUGUUGGUAUUCUGAUACGCCCGAAGGGGAUUUCAUUGCCGAUAAACAUCCCCAUGUUCAAGGACUCUUCAUCGCCACGGGUGGCUCGGGACAGUAUGUGCUUUCAACGCUUGGCUUCGGCUUUUGA